AUGCUUUUUUUCCCACGUACCCCUCGCGUACGUCAAAUACACAAGAAAGUGCCACUGCAAGAUCUGUCGAAUGAAGUGACCAAGAAUAUGGCCAUGCUAGUUUCUUGUCAAGAGAAUAUUGACAUUUCAUUACUGCAGAAACGAAUUUUAAACAGCGGUCAUGCAUUAUGGAAUCCUGCUAAUCAAAAGGACAAUGUAGCAAUACGUCGUGCUGGUCACGAUACUUGGGGUAUUGAUAAAAUUGUAUUUAUUUUUGGGGACGACUAUUUGAAGAACGUCUAUACGUUUCCAUGGUUUCACUUGUGGCAGAAGGAACUCGCGCCCAUCUUUGAGCAGAUUAACAUGCCUGUAAAUCGCGUCGUACGCUGUAUUUUGGCCUCGAUGCCGCCUGGAGCAGACAUUCCUGUACAUCACGAUACUGGGUCCUGGGUGCACUUUACACAUCGGAUGCACAUUCCCGUGUUCACGAGCCCCGACAUUGACUUUAUGGUGGGCCCUAACGAUCAGAAUAUGCAGCGCUAUGAGCUCAAGGAAGGCAAUCUCUACGAGCUUAAUAAUAGCUGUCGCCACCGCGUCAAGAACAAUUGGGAUCAGCACCGUGUGCACAUGAUCUUUGACUAUGUCGAAGAGGACUUCCAGCUGAACCGCAUGGACCUCAAACCGGGUACAAUUUUGUGGCAGACGCGUCGCUCGGUGGAUCUUUCCACCGAUUAUGGCAAGCGUGUGCCACCGUCGUUUGUUGUAAUUGGCGCGCAGAAGGCCGGUACAACGUCAUUGUAUGACUACAUUUUGCAGCACGAUCUCGUGUGGCCUGCUAAGCGUAAAGAGACCCACUAUUUCGAUUGGCGCUGGAAUAAAGAGUUGCCGGACGCCUCGACGCCCGAGGGUGCUACGCAACAUAUUCGGUACUACGAGGACACCUUUUUAGAGAGAAAAAUUCUGUACCGGUUCUCCUCGCUGAUGUCAGGUGAGGCUACACCUAGCUAUAUGCUCGGAGGAACAGUAGUGAUCAACCGUAUGCAGCAGGUAAUCCCGCAUUGCCGCAAAAUUCUGGCCAUAAUGCGUAACCCCGUGGAGCGCGCGUACUCGCACUAUUCGAUGACCGCCGAUACCAAGGGCUCUGAGAAGCAGUUGCGCAACCGUGGUCAUCAUCACCUCAAUGGACGCACGUUCGAACAGGUUGUUGACGACGAGAUCGAGGAGCUCUCGAAACUUGGCGUGCACCCGAAUAUGGAUUUUGAAGACUUUGAUGACAAAGUGAUGCGCAGACGUUUUGACUUCGACCACGGCGCGCAUUCGUUUGUAACACGUGGACUGUACGCUCUGCAGCUGGCUGGCUGGAUCGAGGCAUACGGAAAGGAGAACGUGCUGCUGCUCACUCUCGACGACUUCAAAACUACCGAAAAACUCCAUACCACCAUGGACAAGGUGUUCGACUUUUUGGAUUUGCCAUACCAUCGAAUCCACGACAUUUCAGCCAAGAAUACGCGCAAGUACGACCCUAUCAACGAUGUUGUUCGUGCCAAGCUGACUGCUUUUUACGCGCCAUAUAACGAAAAGCUGUACGAGCUCAUCGGCCGCGAUAUGGGCUGGUAG